AUGACAACCACCGUACCAUUGAUCUACUCGUUUGCCGGCUACGAAGGCGUUGCCGACGCCGUGGCCGACCACGUGAUCCUGGCCCAAAACAUGACCUUGUACAACACCUUAGAUAAGGAGGCGAUUGCCAAACUAAAGGAGGCGGCUUCAAGGCCUUCUUUGACUAGUGAGGUUUCGCUGGCGCUGAUUCUGGGUGUCGCUUCGCCCAGACCGUCCUUCAGUCGGAACGGACUGGCGCAGAAUGCUGCUGCUACAGCCAACGGCGACGAACGUGUGUCGUCGAGAAGAAAGAAGGAGAUCAAGAAGAAGGCCGAACAACGGUUCAAGAUUGCCAUUUCCGGCGGAUCGCUCAUCAAGAUCAUGCACCUUGGCUUGUUGCCGAGGGAAGACGAGAUUGAAUGGGACAAGUGGGAUAUCUACUUUGCCGACGAGCGGUUGGUGCCCUUUGACAGCCUGGACUCGAACUACGGGCUGGCCAAGCGGGAGAUCUUUGACUUGAUCAAGAGCGAAAAGAAGCCCAACGUGUACCACAUUGACGAGCUGUUGAUUCUGGACCCGCAAGAGUGUGCGGACGCCUACGAGAAGUUGCUCAUUGACAACUUUGCCAAGAAGGACUCGGUCAAGUUGCCCAUGUUUGACCUUUUGCUUCUCGGGUGUGCUCCCGACGGCCACAUUGCAUCGUUGUUCCCCAAUUUUGGCGAGCAGUUGCGAGAGAAGUUGGCGUGGUGCAUGUCGGUGGAGAAGGCGCCACUGGGUCCUGAAAACAGAAUCACCUUGUCGAUUCCUGUCAUCUGCCACGCCCACCGAGUCACAUUUGUCGUGGAGGGCUUGACGAAAGCGCCCAUUAUGCGGACCAUCAUGGAGAGACCGGAGAAGGGGUUGCCGAGCUCGAUUGUGAACGAGGGAGCCGCCGGCAGGGUCACCUGGUUCGUGGACGACGAUGCAUUGAAGGACUGCUAUGAUAUCACCAAGAAGAAGUACAAGUUUCUCAGUAUUCCCGAGCCCAGCAGCUAG